CACAACCUUACGAGACCAACAAACAAUUUUUCAAUUAGUUGGCAUGAAAUAAGAAAACCAUCACAUUUUUUAUUUAUAAAGUACAAAAAAAAAAAAAAAAAAAAAAUUCUAAGAAUACAUGCAACAACAAAAUGAGCAAAGAUUUCAAUGAAAUUUGUGAAAAUGCUAAACUUGCACGUGAAAGUGCAUUAUUAGGACAAUAUGACUCAGCCUUAGUUUACUAUCAAGGAGUAUUGCAACAAAUCCAUAAAAUGAUGUUGCAAUCAAGAGACUUAUCUCGUAAACAAAGAUGGCAAGUUGCUAAACAGGAAAUUGCUCAAGAGUUUGAAUAUGUAAAAGAUAUUAAUCGAACUUUAGCGGACUUCAAGCGAGAUACAUUUAACCCAUCAGCUCCACCUUUAAAACUUCGUGAAUAUGGUGAAAUACCAACAAGAGAAACGAGAGACCCUGAUGUGUGGGCUCCUCCAACUCCUAUUGACAGAGAAACAAGAAGUUCUAAACCUGUAUCAAAGCCUGUUGUUCGAAACAUUCGUAAUGAUCGUUAUAAUGAUGAUCGCUCAUCUCGCACUUCAAAAACCAAAGCCCCUAAUAAACCUAGUAGCAAUAAAGAAAGUAAAGCACCUCCAGCUGUCAAAUCAAAAGUGGAUACCAGGCGGUCUAAGGAAGAUAAAUCAACAAAUGAAGAGGAUCGAGAAGCACGUUUUGAUGGCUCAGGGUAUGAUAAAGAGUUAGUUGAAGGUUUGGAAAGAGAUAUUGUUCAAAAAAACCCAAAUGUGAAAUGGAAUGACAUAGCUGAACUAACUGAAGCAAAAAAACUUCUCAACGAAGCUGUAGUUUUGCCAUUGUGGAUGCCUGAUUUCUUCAAAGGAAUUCGAAGGCCUUGGAAGGGUGUUUUAAUGGUUGGACCACCUGGCACUGGAAAAACAAUGUUAGCAAAAGCUGUUGCAACUGAAUGCGGGACAACAUUUUUUAAUGUAACUUCAUCAACAUUAACAUCAAAGUAUAGAGGUGAAUCAGAGAAACUUGUGAGGUUGCUUUUUGAAAUGGCUCGUUUCUAUGCUCCAAGUACUAUUUUUAUUGAUGAAAUAGACUCACUAUGCAGUCAGAGAGGUAGUUCAAGUGAACAUGAAGCAAGUAGACGAGUCAAGUCUGAGCUUCUUAUACAAAUGGAUGGUGUGUCUGGCAAUACAUCAGAAACUGAUGCAACAAAAAUUGUAAUGGUGCUAGCUGCAACAAAUUUUCCUUGGGAUAUUGAUGAAGCUCUACGUAGAAGACUUGAAAAACGAAUAUAUAUUCCUUUGCCAUCAGCUGUUGGUCGAGAAGAAUUGCUUAGAAUUAAUUUAAGAGAAGUAAAAUGUGCAAGCGAUGUGGAUUUAGUAAAACUUGCUGAAAAGAUGGAAGGUUACAGUGGUUCAGAUAUUACUAAUGUUUGCAGAGAUGCUUCAAUGAUGGUCAUGAGGCGUCGUAUUAUGGGACUUUCCGCUGAGGAGAUAAAGAAUAUAGCUAAAGAAGAACUGGAUCUUCCUGUAACUCAAGCGGACUUUCUGGAAGCCCUUCAAAAAUGUUCUAAAUCUGUGUCUGAAGCUGAUAUAAAGAAAUAUGUUGAUUGGAUGGAUGAGUUUGGCUCAGUAUAAAAUAUUCUGAGAGAUUUUCAAUAUAUAGCUCGUAGUUUCAUACUAAAAUGAAUGUAUAUAUAGAAUUUUUAUAAGAGUUUCAUUAUCUCCAUUA